GCUGUGUACGUGUGCAGUCCUCUCAGUGCCGUCGCGUUUGUUGCAUCUGUGCAUCAAUCUCCAUAGGCUAUCUAAGCUUAAUUUAAUUCUGUACAUACUGAGUGAUCCGUCUAAGGUGUUUUCGUGGAAAAACACAUGAUCGCGCACUCACACACGCGAUAUUCUGUGUUGAGAGAGUGAGAAAAAAUAUAUGGACUGAUCAUCAAGCUUCCCCCCCCCACGGCAUCUUGUUUCGGUCCGAGUUGCCCUACAUCCAAGCAUCCUGCAAGAGAAAAAGACCGAGGCUGGAUCUAUGAGCCCGCAUCUGGAGACAACGUGUGUUUCGCACAAAUACGCCGAACGCCGGAAUCACCAUGUUAUGCCCUUUGAUUUGACGAGGUCCUAUUCAAUACAAGAAGAGAAAAGAUGGUGUAUGCCCACUCGACGGACACCACAAAGCCAUCUCUGCAGUCUACUUCCAUCACUCCUUCAGUGUUCUUCAACUCCAGUGAGGGGGACAAUGCGACCUCCUGGCCCAGUGUCUCGAGCCUGCCUGAUUGCCCCCGACAGGGUUCCCCUACCAUUCCCAGUCCUAAUGGCUCCCUCCCCUCAUACACAUUGUUGCCAGGAGAGGUGGUCCCUCUUGGCCUUGCUCUUGGAGCUCUAUGGCUGGUUUCGGUGUUCGGCAACGCCUUGGUCUGCCUGGUCAUCCACCGUAGCCGCAGGACCCAGUCUACCACCAACUACUUUGUGGUAUCGGUGUCAUGUGGGGACCUGCUGAUGAGUCUGGGCUGCACCCCAUUCACUCUGCUGCAGGUGAUCUCCGGACAGUGGCCGUUGGGUAGUGGCCUAUGCAAGGUGGUGCGCUACAUCCAGUACUUGGCCCCUGGCAUGCAGAGCUAUGUGCUGCUAUCCAUCUGCCUGGACCGCUUCUACACUAUCGUCUACCCGCUCAGCUUCAAGGUGUCCCGGGAGAAAGCCAAGAAGAUGAUCCUGGCAUCAUGGACCUUCAACGCAGCACUCGUGUCCCCCUGCUUCUUCUUCUAUGGCUCAUCGAUGCACAGUCACUGUAACUUCUUCCUCCCGGGUGGCUGGGACGGCAUUCUCUAUGGCAUGGUACACUUGCUCUUUGGUUUCCUGCUGCCUAUACUCCUCAUACUCCUGUUCUACCAGAAAGUGGUAAAGUACAUCUGGAGGAUUGGUACAGAUGGACGCACAGUGAGGAGGACGAUGAACAUUGUUCCCAGGACUAAGGUCAAGACCAUUAAGAUGUUUCUUUUGCUCAAUGCUGUCUUUCUUGUAACCUGGAUGCCAUUCUACAUUGCCCAGCUGUGGCACCCCAGUGAAGAUGGCUCACAGCAGGGCGUAUCUUUCUUCAUGGCCAUCACUUUGGUCUCCUUCAGCUCCUCUGCCUUCAAACCCACGCUGUACUGUGUUUACAAUGCUAACUUCCGGCGGGGCAUGAAGGAGACCUUCUGUAUGUCGUCCAUGAAGUGCUACCGCAGCAAUGCAUACACCAUCACCACAAGCUCCCGGAUGGCCAAGAAGAACUAUGUGGGGAUAGUGGAGAUCCCCGCCCUGGCACAGCAUAGGUCCGUCACCAAGGACUCCAUCUACAGCACCUUCGACCGUGAUGCGAAGGAGAAGAAGUUGGCGUGGCCUAUCAACACCAACCCACCCAACACAUUUGUGUGAUUGCAGUCACACACUCAAAAUAAAGGUUUGCAAGGAUCCUCUAUGCCUGCCAUUGCACUGCUAGAGGUUCUACUCCUGUCCAUUUUCAUUCACAUUUCUACAUUUCUACAGUCUACAGAUAAAAAGGCAAAUAAAACACUGAAUCAGG